CCAGCUUGUUGUCACCGUUAUUUCUGACGCGCAUGCGCGCUGGUGUCGGUUUCCUGCUUUUUAAAUGAGUACCUGUGCUGCUUUUUGACCCACCUCUGUCGACUGUGUGUGUAUGUGUGUAUUUUUAAGCCCGCUCUGUCAUUCACUCACACACACACUCCCGUUAUUUCAGCGCGCUGGAGGUGAUUACCGUCUUUACCUGUCCGGGUUGCUCACCUGAGAGGACUCACCUGUCCCGACGCCGACUGACUUUUCUUAUGUUUUUGAUUUAGCGCUAGAAAGAAAAUCAGAGUCACAGAAGGGUGUGAGGGAAAAGGACAUAAAGCGGUCCACAACCUGCGACGCGAGAAGAGAGGUGCAAGGAGGAAGGAUAAGAGGGGAUCGACACCUUCCAUUUUCAUAUCCAACUUGCUCUUGUAACUUUCAGUUGUAGUUACGUCGCCAAAAGCGGAUUCGCUGCAAAUCCCUCUGAAGGAGUGCAGACUAAUUGAACAUGCCGAGGGCCUUUCUGGUUAAAAAGGCGAAUGUUUCACCUGGAAAGCGGAACUGGAGUGAACUCCCUGAUCAUGAACGAGGAGACGUCUACAUCCCAGUCUCCAUCUUUCCUCCAUCUGUCCUGAAGAUGGAGGCUGAAGCCAGCCCUGCUGAGAUGACACCGCUCUGCCUCAGCAAACAUCCAGUAUCUGACACGCGAAUGCACGCUGAGCUGCCGUCCAGCACGGUCUUGGGCCGACCACAGAGCCCGGUAGAUUCAUCUGAGGAGAGGUCAGAGGUCAGGAGGAGGUCGCAGGGUGGCUCCACAUAUGUGCGAUCCAAAAUCAAGGUAACUACAGGCGAGUUACCCUGCAACCCCUCUCCUCCUUCUCUCUCUCUUCCUCAUAUUCCUACCCCACCACCUAUGAACUCAAACGCUACUCUGAUGCCUGUUGCCUCGACGUCAACCCCCAUCACCCUGGAGGCGGUCUCCACGGUGACCAGAUCAGCAGGUCAAAGUCAAAGUUUGUCGAUGGGGACUACAGUGACCUAUGUGUGUCAGGUUUGCCAGAAGACAUUCCAGUUCCAGCGAAUGUUAAACAGACAUGUCAAGUGUCACAACGAGACAAAGAGACACCUGUGCGAUUUCUGCGGCAAAGGCUUUAAUGACACCUUUGACCUCAAGAGACACGUACGCACACACACAGGUGUCCGUCCCUACAAGUGCACCCUCUGCGAGAAGGCCUUCACCCAGCGCUGCUCCCUAGAGUCCCACAUGAAGAAGAUCCACAGCAUCACCCUGAAGUAUGCCUACAAGGAGCGGCGCAAUAAGCUGUAUGUGUGCGAGGAAUGUGGCCACACGGCAGGAACGCAGGACGAACUGCUGAUUCACCUCCACUCCCUUCACCCCAACAGCCCCCUGUUGAAGGGGAAGGCUGCAAGGAGAACAGGGGGGGGAAGAGAUGGACAGUCAGCGGGAGGGUCCAUGCCAGACUCUCCUCAAGGACCUGAUAGUGAUGAUACCACCGGAUCAGCAGGGCAGUAGAGGGGAGGAAGGCCAGAAAGAUCAGAUCAUCAAAAUAAGCUCAGAGGGAUGGAUGAAGGAUGGGUGGAUGCAUUAAAUGAUGGAUGUCUGAAUGAAGUGACACAAUACAGGUGGUUGACGAGUCAGAUUACACUGCAACAGGGAAGGUAAAUGUACUGUGUGUAAAAAUGUACAUAUUUAUAAAUGUGUGUGAAUUUGGGCAUCUGUACUGUAUAUAAAGAUGAUUAAGGUUAAAAUCAUGCUCCAAGCAUGGCCAAGACUUUGACUAAUAUAUAUUUUUAAAUAAGAUUGUGAUGGAUGUGGAUGAGCUCAUUAUCAUAUGUGACAGUACCAACAUAUAUUUUUGGUUUUAUAUUGGUUAUGGACAUUACCAGUGGGCUAUAUAGAAGUAUACAUAUUUUCUAUUAAAAAACCUAUUAAAGGAAAUUAUAUAU